CUUUGUCACUGCGCUUCACGAAACCCCCGAUCCAGUUUAUUCGUGCAUCUGAUUCAUAGUGUUUCUGAGAGCAAGCCAUCCCUGGCGCUCAUUUUCAUCUCAUAAUGUUAUUCUACCUUCUAUUAGCUCUUUGUUGUUCACAAUUUUCCACCGCACAAGAUUGUGCUUCCCCAUCGUUUAGCUUCGUAGGCCACGUGAACCCAGAGGAACUGGAUCUUACAACGCUUCCUGGUACAGUCAUUGCCAGCUUUCCAGUGGAAAACGUGAGAUCGGUUAGAGGCUACGCUAGUGACAAUGAUACGCUCUACCUCGACGUCAGGCUCAGUGGAACGGAGCUGCAAUUUUUUACCACGGAACAUUUCCCAAAAUACGAGGAGCAUGAAAUCCUGCUAGCGGUGCUACUACAGGCGGUCUACACUUGCACAUCCACCGAAAAGCGAGGAUUCUAUCGACAAUCGUUCAAGUUGGCCAACAAUCAUGCGCCAAAGUUUCUCGCGGACAACUAUCGGGCCCAAGUUCCGUUGCCUUUACCGAAAAACUUUGAUAUCUCGCCUUUCCUGGCGGAUGGUAAAGGUGUGAGGGCACGUGAUAUCGACCUGGUGAAUAACUCGGUGAUUUUUACUGUCCGCAAUAACAAUUACAUCUACGUGGAAAGCCAGCCGGUUCAGGAUGAUCCCAAAGAGUUUAAAGCAAUCCUACGAUUUAAAGAUCAAGUGUUAAAAAUGCCCGACAUACUAAACCUAACGCUGACGGCUACCGACCAGGGAGUGCCACCGAAAGCAUCUCAGGUGAAUGUGGUAAUCGAGCCAGAUAUUACCAUCAUUUACGAUGAUCCACCGAUGUUCAAGGAAACGUUCGUUAACGUAACUAUUGACGAGAAUCUGCUGAUAACGCUCGAGCUGAUACCCGGUACCAAAACAGAUGAUGUACGGUAUUCGAUAGAGGGGCCAGACUCGCUCUUUUUUAAACACUCAGUAUGGAGCAACAAUACGGGUCUGGAUCUGGAACUGAUCAACGUGGAAGCGCUACCUGCAACGAAAGGAUAUCUCAAUAUCGUAGCAAUUGCGCAACGCAGCGAACUGCAGCGGGCAACAUCAGUGAUUUUAAUCACGAUCCCACAUGAAACGGGACCGGAAAUUCCAACAGAGCACGUUGAAAAGGUUCUCUCCGUGUUGCAUCUAGAAGAAAUGACCAACCACAACUCGGUGUUCCCGCUGGCGUUCAAACAUUGUAUGUACACAGUGGAAUCCCAAGAACCGGGCAGUUACUUUUAUGCAGACGAUUCUAAGAACUUCCUAUCUGCUACACCAUUUGACCGAGAAAACGAACAACUUUUCGCUGGAUUAGAAUAUCCUCAGUUUUGGAUUGUGUUGAAACUGGCCUGUGAUGAAAAGGUACGGUCCAAUGUUGGUGCCAAUCACACGACACCGAAUGGGCCCAUGAGAGACAUCGAGUAUUCCACCGUUCGUACGCACCUCAAUGUGAUUGUGGAAGAUAUCAAUGAUAAUAGCCCCGUAUUCUCGUACCCGCAAAAUAACGCAUGCUUCGCGUAUCCCUCGGGGCAGUUAUCGGAGAGAAUCCUGCCUGAGCAACUGCUUAAAGUCGAGGCUACCGAUAGGGACUUUGGCCUUAAUGCCAUCAUCCGAUAUACGCUCUCGGAGAACGACUAUUUCGGCAUCGAUCCCAAAACGGGAGUAAUGCAUCCACUUAGAACGGCGCUAAGUGCAGGGACCAGAAUUGAUCUUCAGAUAUUUGCUACCGAUCGUGAUGGGGCCUCUGAUGGAAAUACGUCCUCGAUGACUAUCUGCGUAGUCGGAGCAUCUGAAGAUCAGCUGGCAGUAAUGAUUGUGGACGAAUUGGACCCACCUGCGUUGCAAGAAAUGCUUGAUAAGCUGGGCGAAAUGAAAGGAUAUACGGUUAGAACACUACGAAAUGUACAUUCGGUUGCACAACAGCAGACGAGCACAAAAAGACAAUCAUCGAAGAUAAACUCCUCUAGCACAGCGAUCGUGUACGCAUUCGACGAAUCCUACCUUUUAACUCACAGCGAACUGGUUAGUUUAAUCGAAUCCUCGGAAACCACUUUACCCUCAGCUAACAUUCUGCGCGUGAAUGACCUGUUUGCCGUACAACAACCUCCUAUUCCGCAAGGCGACUCCACUGUGCUGUAUCCUUACAUCAUAGUAGCGGCGUUUUGCGGGGUCCUGGCACUGUCCAUGGCCGCAGCAGCGUUCUACUACCGAGCCAAGUUACGAAACUCACUGGCGCGUGAUCCACACGAUGGAUCGAAACGAUGUUCCGAUAAUUCCAGUGCACCAAUCGUUGAAAACGCACAUGUCGUGCCUCCAACAAAUCCUCCAUCGGACGAGGCCAAAGCAGGACAGGAGGCUCUCAGAACGCCCGUGCGUUCCCUAUCGGACCUGCUAUCGAUCGACGAGGUUCCAGAGAAAGCCGAAGCAAUCAACUCUCCCCGGCUAGCAGACUCCCGGCUAGGAGACUCCCGGCAGAAAAAAAGUUUAACGUUCAACGAGCGCGUGGAAAAGAUAGAAAUAUUUGAGAGGCUGUAGAGAUAAGACUACCCGCAAUAGCGCGACCGAUGUGAUAAAAUUAACAAUAAAUAAGUUGAAAGUC